AUGCCGAUCGUGUCGACGCUCGCAGGGGCCUCCUUGCCGACGAUGUGGAAGAAGGGGAGUGAGGUCAACAGCUGCGACAGCUGCUGCUGCAGCUGCCAUCAGAGGCCGACAAGGAUGGCGGCGUGCGCAGGAGGGGGGCUUACAAGGGAAGAUAUUAUGCAACGGCAACAAGCUGCAAAGACGCAGAAGCCGCCACCAUCUGCCGUGCGACGCACGCCGUUCCGCUCGUUGAACGGGCGUGCGUACGCUGUUCCUCUCACCAUGAUCAAGGAGUUCGACGCCGUCUUCCAGCAGGCGCAAAACAGUGCCGCCCCACAGGACAGGACGAGCCCUCUCUUUUUGCCAUUAAAUUCACCCGGUAUUCUGUGGCGGCAUGAUCCGUACAGCACACGGGUGCUCAGCGCGACUUCACAUUCCCCAGUGAACCGGUUUUCAACUACAGAGAAGGGCGCGGGAGUCGCACCGUACGAGGGUGGCCGAGGUAGCGGCUGUGGCGGCUGUGGCGGCUGUGGCGGCUGUGGCGGCUGUGGCGAAGGAGAGCCGACUGGCUACUGGAAUGGUACUGGCAAUCCUUUCACUGCGUGCGACAGCGCCGCGUUAAAUUCUGUGUGCGCGUUUACCCCUACAUCAGCACCUCUCGGAGCCGUGCUGUGCUUUCCUGCAACAGGGGGGAUGCGCAUUCCCGGUGUGAAUUCCGCUUUCUCACAGCCCUAUGACACCACACCACUUCUUCACCAGCAUUACACAGACCCUUACAACAUCGUUGCUGCGGUUGCUGGCGAUUGUGGAGAGCAACUCCGAAACCAACAGAGUACCGUUGAGUCCAUCAUGCCGUCUUCUCGACCGCUUCCAUCCGCGCCCAGUCACUGUGUUAUAAUUCGCUCCCCCUCACAGCUCACGACGUCCGCUGUUCCUCCAGACGCGGCAACAGGAAGCAGAAGAGUGCCAGCUCCGGCAACGGCAGAAACGACAGCACCUACAGCAGUGCAAAAGUUCGACAGUUUCCAAGCGGGGCCGCGAGGCAUCACACCCCUUCGUACGCAUGGCCCGCGAGGUGCCCGAAGUGGGAGCACCGACCACAAUGGCGAAGAGCUGCUCGAGGAUUGCCUCCCGACACUCUCCAUCUUCCGUUCCCUCCCAUUGCUCUUCAUCGAUCUUGCGGCGCACACCAAUCGGCGCCCGCCGCAACUUGGAAAAAUGAGAGAUGAGAAUGGCAGCCAGCUACGGCUGGAGGAGGUUCGCUUUGUAUUCCUCGUCGGCCACCGCUGCAGACGCACUGUGUGUGCUGCCACUCUCCGGUAUGAAGUGGGCGAGAUGGUGGUGCUCGAGGGCGACAUGGGCAUUGAGAUGGGUGUUGUGCAGGCGGUGCUGUCUGUGGAGGAAUUCGACCAGCUUGGCGACGCGGAGUUGGAGCAAAGCGGCUUCCCGGCUGACCGCGACGUCGUGACGGCUGCGUUGAUUCUGCGCCACGCCACUGCGGAGGAGGUGGCGCACUACAACCACACUCUCCUUCUCCUUGCGCGGGACCUGCUGGGUUUUUUGCAGCACCGCCUCAACCCCGCCAACUUUGUGGACUGCCGCGUGGCGAACAUGGAGUUUCUUGACUGCGAGUUCCAGGCGGACUGCAAAAAGAUAUAUGUGUACUACAAGGCGAAGAAGCGUGUGCUCUUCCGUGAGCUGGCGCAGUAUCUACAUUCGUUCUACCGCUGUCGCAUAUGGCUGCACGAGGUGGGCAAGAGAGCCUCCGCCUUGUCGGGCGACUCCUCGCAAGAAACAGAAGGCUGA